AUAUGCGUUGAAUGUAAUCCCUAGUAAAUCCUAGUUGCGAUUUUUCCUCCCCUUCUAAAUUCUGAAUCAGUUCUUUGGAAACAUUCCCUAUAGUCGUUCUACAAUGGUCAUAAUCCCUACAAUCGUUAGGAUACCUGCAAGGGUGAAAACCCAGAGAACGAUGACGGCUCGAUUUCUUUUUAAAUAUUUAGUUGCUCCUGAACGCUAGUCCAGAGAACAUGGAGUUAUCAUAACACUAAUUACAAAACUAUAUUUGUAUUCUAACUUGACAGCGUUUGAAGAAGAACGUUAUAAUAAAAUAAAUAUCUAUUGAAAAUGGGUCGAAGAAAAUCUAAACGAGAAGCGCCACAAAGAAACAAAGCGAUCGUACCUAUGGAUAUACAAUUCACGUGUCCAUUUUGUAAUCAUGAGAAGUCAUGUGAAGUUAAAAUGGACAAAUGUCGAAAAAUAGCAAGAAUUUCAUGUCAAAUUUGUUUAGAAAAUUUUCAAACCAAUAUUAACAUGUUAUCAGAACCAAUUGAUGUGUACAAUGAUUGGAUCGACGCCUGUGAUGCUAUUAAUUAACACCUAUCGCACAACAUAGAAAAGUUUGAUAUUCCAUUUUAAAAAUAAUUGACUUGUUGUAUAAUAUAUAUUUGAUAUGUAUCAACGAUCUUUUUUAAUCAUGAAAGUAAUGAUUUUAAUCAAUAAAGUAUGAAUGAUAUUAUAUAUAUAUAUACACACAAUUAAUAAAUCUAUAUAAAAUGUUAAUUUAAAGA